AUGGAGAUCGCCACACAAUCCCGGACCACGUCGUGCAACAAUAGGAAUCGGCAUCCCUGCGACUUCUGCCGCUACAAACGCGCAGCCUGUCUGCUCUGCGGCCCCCCGCCGUGUGAGCUAUGCAAGAGGCAGGGAAAAGACUGCACCUUUGUCGAGGGCCCGAACAAGAGGAGACGGACGGCGGGGCGCUACCGGAGUCCCUCGGGCGAUGCCGAUGAGGCUCUGUAUCAGCACAAACAGGCGGCAGCUUCGGAUGUCAACUCAACAUCGCCAUCUUCGGACAUGGAGUCUCCGGUUGAGCAGGUCAUCUAUGCUCGAGUGGGAGAGGACUCGGUGAGCCCGGCACAAGUCAUCACGCAAUCUUCUCCCCCAGCUGCUGAAGAGCAUCACAAAGACGGCCAUGUCCUCUCUCCGUCGUCACUGGAUGCAAAGCCCGGCCACAACGCCCAAGUCAUUGGCCUCAGCGGCGAGUCUGACCCAUACCUGCUCAACUUGUAUCAAUUCGACGACAAGGAUGAAUGCAGGUUUCCACAGCUUCGAAUCCGAAACAUGGGUAUGGACGACGGGGUACCGGUCCACUUCAUGGUCCAGAGCAACUCGUUGGCGAGCAACGCAAAGCCUGGCGACCUCGGCAUGAGCGAGGCUGACAUCAGGGCUGAGAUCACGGGUAUGGUUUCUGAUGAUGUUGGAAAGAGACUCAUAAACCUGUUCUGGCGUUACGUCCAGCCAUAUUUCCCUGUGGUGUCUGUGGAAUUCACACUUGGCGAGAUUCACAGCGAACCAUCAGCGUUUCCAGCCUCUCUGCUGGCAGCGAUCUACGGACAUACGCUGCCAUUCUGGGUCUUUGACGAUAAGCUCUGUGCAGAUGUCUAUACUCCACCCUCAGCAGACCGACUCUUCGAGCUCGCAUGGAUGGCCGCUCUCUCCCAGUUCCAUACCCCUUCCCUUGCCACCGUCCAGACCAUGUUGCUGAUGAUCCAACGACGCCCAACCAACCGACAUGUGGCAGACACGCCGUUCAAAUGGGUCAUGCUGGCCGACACCGUAGCGCUCGCACAAUGUCUCGGUCUCAACCUGGACCCGGCCGACUGGUCAAUCCCCCCUUGGGAGAAGCGCCUGCGUCGGCGUCUGGCCUGGGCCGUCUACGUCCAAGACCGAUGGCUGAGCUUGAAUUUCGGCAGGAGUUCGCACAUCCAAGAAUGCGACUGGGACGUCUCGCCGCUUACUACAAGUGAUUUUGGCGAGCUGUCUGGACUGGAAGAAGAGCCUGCCGUAUCACAUCAUUUCCUCCACCUGGCAUCGCUCACCCAAAUCGUGUCCAGCAUCCAUCAAAACAUGUUCUCUAUAAAAGCAACGAGGACACUUUCGAAAUCCUUGGAAGCAAGUUUCGAAGUCGCCAGGCCGUUGCGGAUCGAGCUGGCGGAGUGGCUGCAAAGCCACCCGGACGUAGGUGGUCAGCCCAGCGCAGCGACACCGUUCCACGGACUCGACGGCAACGGAAGCCUGAGACUGGCCUACAUCACGGCCAAAGUCGCCGUCUUCAAGGCGCUCCUGCGACCGAAGAGCACAGAGGCCCCUGUCGAAGCCCGCGCAGCGUUGCGGACGGGCGCCAUGGCCGUCGCUCGCGAGAUGUACGACUUCCUGUCCAAAUUGGGCGCCCAUCAUCUGGAGGCCUUUUGGCAUUCUUAUUCCCGUGUCAACUUUGCGAUUGCUAGCAACUUCAUCGUCUUGUUGUUCGCCCUCUCUUCGACGCCGGCAGAUGCCGAGGAUUCGCUGAAUCUCCUCACGCAGUGGCGGAGUCUGUUGCGCAUAAAGUCGAGGAGCUGUGAUCUCCUCAACCUGAGUCUGCUUCGCUUAGACGCCGUCUUUGUGGCUGGGCUGGGAAAGCUCAUCGAUCUCACGCCCGCGGCGGCAGAGGCGGCUUCAAGUCGGAAUUUGUAG